GCACAGACUCACACACAGACACACUCUCUCCAUGCAGGCUUAACCCAGGGAAACUUUAACUUGCACUGUUAGCAUUCCUGAGCGCCAGGACUCACUGCAUCUGUUACUCUGUAUCACAACUUCCAGGAUAAUGAUGUUUUCCUGCCGUCUCAGCGCUGGGAAUAGAUGGCAGUUUUUUUGCUGUCUGCUAAGCAUCCUGACGUUACUUGAUGCCUCAACUGUAAAUACCCCAAUUACUACCCAUACAACAAACACAGUUACAACCCAGAGCAUAUCCACACAAUGGCCUACAACUAUAACAAUAACAAUAGCUGAAACAAAGAAUAACACUCAACUGACCACACACGGUCACCCUGUAGUCUCUUCAGCCUCUGCGAUCUCCACAGCCUCUACAAUAGAAAACAAAGACCUGGGAACAACUAACACAGUUAAAACAAGUAACACAACUCCGUCUGAUCUGACAACGGCUAUGAAUAACAGCACAAUCUUCACUGAUAACAGCACUACAGAGUCUUAUAAAACUACAUCCUUUCAAAACACAUCAACGAUUACCACUACAGCUAAAGCUACUGAAUCACAAGUCAACCCAACACAAAAAUCUGCCUUAACCACUAUCCCUACGAACAUCACAACGGAGGAGAACAAGAAAUGUCAGAUUACAUGUGAAACCCUUGUGAACCAGAAUCCAAAUUUAGAGGUGGUCUGCUUUGAAUAUAAUGAGAGAACUAAUUGUCAAAAUUUGAAAGAAGAUGACAGGAGAAAACUGGAAUCUUUACUUUGUGACGAUAGUAGCCUUACACUUUACAACUCAGAAGUAAAUCCCCAGUGUAUUCUGUGGAUUGCAACUGCUUCAGAAAAAUUCAAAGCUUUUAAAGAGAGUCAAAAACAAUUCAAUGAUAACCCUCAGCUGAAGUGGGGACAUGUUUCGGAUCAUCAAACAAGAUCUCAAAAGAUUAUGAUUGCGCUCAUCACCUGUGGAGUUCUGAUCGCCAUUCUGAUCCUAGCUGGCUACUUUUUGUCCAACACAACGAGGUGGAGCCCAGGCAGGCAAAGAUUGGGUGAAGAUUACACAGAGACGGACAGUCAAGGCAACACCUUGGUGUGUGUGUCUACCUAUGAUCAGAACAAACCAAACAGUGGAUCCAAGGAGAAUGGAAAAGGCCAGGCAAUCACCCCAAGUACCACCAAUGGCCACUCAACCAAGAAACAAGCUGUGUCUGAUACUGAGCUAUAAAGUGAAAUGAGUAAUGAUAUUCGCAGAAGAGGGGAGGGACAUAGACGGGAUCUGUGGGUCCAAGGGGAAUCGCAUUGUGCUGUUGCUGAAAAUCUUUAUGUAUCAGCAUGGAAAAAGGAAAGAACACAUUGUAUGAUAUCCAUUGAAACAAAGUGUUUGCAGUAUAUAUGAGAGCUAAAUAUUGGUCAAAAUAAGCAUCUCUAUAAUUUAAACAGGGUAGAGAUGCAAAAUGGGUAGGUAAUAUGCUGUAUUCUUUUCUCUGUUUUAUAUCGAGUCUUCUUCUAGUUACUGGGGGAAAAAAGAUAGUAAAAAAAAAAAAAUUGUCUACAGUGUGUGGGAUUUGAUAUCAUACGUGUAUAAAAAGUUAUAUUGUAAAGAUGCAGUGCCUGGGAUGUGAUAGUGUAUCAAAGCUCUGUUAUUACUCCACCUGAUUCUCUUCUUUGGCUGGGGGGUGAGGGGGAGGGGGGUCAUUCCAUAUGUAACUGAGAGGAUAACAGUAUUGUGUAAGUCUUUAAGUGUUAUUAAGCAAUGGGCGAAUUGGUGGACACUCCAUAAUGCAUACAGUAUGUAUGAAUAAAUAAACAUAUACAUUUGUAUAUAUUGUUAUACAUAAUGCAGAACAAUGAAAGAAUUUUAAUCAUGGCAAGGUAGGGUAAAAUCGGACUUCUCCUGUAUGAGAGUUAAGCAAUGACUAUGCAUUUCCUAGACCAGUGCUUCCUUACUUCUGAGUUGUUACCCAAAAUUGGAUUCUCAUGCAUUUCCAAUGGGUCACAAUUAUUAGGGACAGGCACGUAUGCACAUCAUGUGCAGCAGGCCACAGGUAACUACUCACAAUGUACAGUUUAAUUCAAUGAGCAUCGUAUUUCUCAAAACAAAACAAAAUGGUUAAGAACCACAGUCCUAGGCAGCGAGAAUUAUAUUAUAUUCACUUCUCUAUAUGCCAGAGGUAAUUUUUCACAUCACAUUAAAAACAUCACAGAAAUAUGUAUAUUUUGUAUGUAUAUUCUUAUGAUGCCACUUUAGAAAACAGAAAAAAUUGGCAUGUGUCAAUAAAACAGAUAUUUGUAUGCUUCAAA